CUCUCUCUCUCUCUCUCUCUCUCUUUCUGUCUGUCAUUGUUUCUUUCUACCUCUCAGUCAGUAAUUAUGGAGCCCAGCAGUCCGAAGAAGAUCCAGUUUGCUGUACCUCCGCUGCAGGGACAGCUGGACCCACAGGCCGCAGAACAUAUCCGUCGCAGAAGACCAACUCCUGCCACUCUGCAGAUCUACAGACAACCUGGCACAGAUGUUGGAGAUCAACACAACGCCAGCGGAGAGUCACAGGCUUCAGAUUCCUCUCAGAGGAAGCAGAGCACCUACGACCCGCCCACCAUGAAAGGUAAGAUGAAAAGUGUUGUACCUGAGGAGGAGGAGGAAGCCAACCCUCAGGACGACUGAUCCAGGAGAGAAAGCUUAGCACAAAAGAGGCGGCCAUUUUAUCUUUGAUAUUCUGCACGAACCAACGGACAGACUCUGGCCUUUAUCUCAAGUGUAACACCUACGACACAAGACAUCAACAGUGGGAGAGUUUAUUGAGAGACAGCAGUUAACAUUUAAUUAAGUAUGUAAAGGAAUGAGUUAAACCAGCUUCACUCUUAACGAACUGGCCUGGAAACUGCUCAUUUGACUCCACACAAACUAUCAACUAAUGUUACUCUACCAUUGUCUAACCCCUGAGAAUCACACUGAUUAAAAAUUAAACUUACAUUAGUUUGCCCCGUUUUAGUUCAUAAAUAGAAGUAUGGUUCCCCCUUUAACCAAAGCAGCAAACUUAUAACAAUUCACCGCCAUCACAACCUCAAACAGCUGACAUCUUAACAUUUUUGGAGGGAAACUCGACAUACCAACCAACCAACAGACAUUGGCGUCAUAAAUGUUGUCAUUUAAAAAUGUAACGUUACACACUGAAAAAAGAUUUCAAAGGAAGGAAUCUGGUUAAAUUUUGGUCUGCUAGCUACCUGCUAGCUACAACAGUGUAGCCAAGAUAGCUAACCUAGCAAGCGCUAACUACACUUAAGACAGCUAGCUAAUUCACAGUAGAUAACGUUAUAGCGACUUCGUCACCAUAAAGUGUGAGUUUAUUCAAAACCAAAUCAACCGAAGAUGAUAAAAAUCUUGAUAGCAACAGUUUAAACUUUAAACUGCUAGCUAGCUAACUACACAACUGUUAGUACUAUGACGGCUUAAAGUCACCUGUUGAAGUAGCGCAGGUUUUGUAACGUUACUGGUCCUGAGGCCAGAACCGCCAUAUUAACAUUACCUAUGAAGUGAUACGUAGUAGCCUAUAACUGCACUAUAACUAAGUAAUCUUCUGGGUUGUUUCUCCCCCAAGGUUAUCAAAAUGUCCACUGUGUAAUCAGGAAUUUGCAGUCGGUUCACACAUUAACGGCUGUAAAAUAUACUGUAGUUAUUGGAAUACAAGUAAUGCAAUAAAUAGCCUACUACUUUUAGCUUAAUUUAAUGCCAUUUCUGAAGCCCUGUACUGGCAUUUUCCUCAGCAAACAUUUUGUAAUUAACAUUAGCUUAAUGAGGUUAUCAUAAAUGUUAUUAGUGUGAGGUAUUUUAUUGUGUAACCUGUCAGUUGAAGGUUAAAGGAACACGCCGACUUAUUGGGAAUUUAGCUUAUUCACCGUAACCC